UCUCUUGUUAGACUGCUCUCUUUCUCUCCUCGAUAGUUUGCAGUUUCUCAAGAACUCCAGAGGGAUUUUCCCUCUAUUUCCAGGAAGGAAAAUAUCAACGAUGCCUUAAAUAUUGCUGCAAAGCAGAGACCGACCUCGAUAGCGUGGCCAGGCUCCUUCUGAGUAUUUGUUGCUGAACUCACUUCGACUCAUUGCCAAAUAAAAAGAAAGCCAACAUAAAAGAAAUGGCUCAAGAUAUGUCUGGUGCUGAUUCACACCAAAGACGGCAAGGCCUUUUAAAAGAUCAAGUUCGAUUGGUUAAGAGAAAGGAUUCUUCUCAUUACGAGAUUGCACCAAUCCAAAGUCCUUUGUCAUUUGAGAAGGGUUUCUUUAUAUUAAUCCGUGCAUGCCAGUUGUUGGCUCAAAAGAAUGAAGGAAUAGUAUUGGUAGGAGUUGCUGGUCCUUCUGGGGCUGGAAAGACUAUAUUUACAGAAAAGAUAGUCAACUUUAUGCCCAGCGUUGCUGUCAUAUCAAUGGACAACUACAAUGAUGCCAGUCGGAUUGUCGAUGGCAACUUUGAUGAUCCACGCUUGACAGACUACGACACAUUGCUCCAGAAUGUCAAUGAUUUAAAAGCAGGGAAACCGGUUGAGGUUCCAGUUUAUGACUUCAAGUCUAGUUCCCGCACAGGAUACCGGACAGUUGAAGUCCCAAGCUCCCGUAUUGUGAUCAUUGAGGGCAUCUAUGCUUUGAGUGAAAAGUUGCGACGUUAUCUGGAUCUACGAGUAUCAGUCACAGGCGGUGUUCACUUUGACCUUGUCAAAAGGGUUUUACGGGACAUACAAAGAGCUGGCCAAGAACCAGAAGAAAUAAUACAUCAAAUAUCUGAAACUGUAUAUCCAAUGUACAAGGCAUUUAUUGAGCCAGACCUUCAAACAGCACAUAUAAAAAUUAUCAACAAAUUUAACCCAUUUACUGGAUUUCAGAGUCCCACUUACAUUUUGAAGUCAGCAAAGAACUUGUCUGCGGAUCAAAUUAAGGCUGUGUUUUCUGAAGAUCACACAGAAGCAAAGGAGGAGACGUAUGAUAUAUACCUUCUACCACCUGGUGAAGAUCUCGAAGCUUGCCAAUCAUAUCUGAGGAUGCGGGAUAAAGAUGGGAAAUAUAGUCUAAUGUUUGAGGAAUGGGUGACAGAUAAUCCAUUUGUUAUAUCACCAAGAAUAACUUUUGAGGUCAGCGUGCGUCUUCUUGGUGGACUAAUGGCCUUGGGUUACACCAUUGCAACUAUCCUUAAAAGGAGCAGCCAUGUAUUCUCCAACGAUGGAGUGUGUGUAAAAAUUGAUUGGUUAGAGCAACUAAAUCGUCGAUAUAUUCAGGUGCAAGGAAAAGAUCGGGUAGUUGUAAGGUGUGUUGCCGAGCAGCUUGGCUUGGAAGGUUCAUACAUUCCUCGUACAUACAUUGAACAGAUUCAACUGGAAAAGCUUGUCAAUGAGGUCAUGGCUUUGCCAGAUGAUUUGAAGACGAGGCUUAGCCUAGAUGAGGACCUUGUUUCAAGCCCUAAAGAAGCACUUUCCAGAGCCUCUGCAGAUAGAGUUGCCAUGAGAAUUAAGAAUCUCAAGAGUGGUAUGUCGCAGUCAUAUACAAGCCAACGGGACAAAAGUACAUCUAAGCUUACCGGGUAUUCUUCCAGCAGUCAAGGGUUUGAUGAGAGAAAUACAGAGUCAUCAGCAACGCUAGCAAGCCAGGGAGUAGCUACUCAGCUUUCAGAACAAAUGUCUUCGCUGAAUGAUAGAAUGGAUGACUUUACAAAUCGAAUCGAAGAGCUGAAUUCCAAGCUGACCAUGAAGAACUCUCCUAGCCAACAAAACAUGGCUCUUCAAGCUGAAAACUGCAAUGGCUCUGUUCCCACGUCUUAUUUCAUGUCUGGCUUAGGCAACGGUUCGUUAACUGGGGCGAUAAUGCCUAAUUCCUCCUCUUCCUCACAGGUGACUAAGGAGUCUUCAGUAGUGGAAGAGAUGUCAAGCGUUGCACGGGGACAACGUCAAAUCAUGCAUCAGUUAGACAAUCUCAGCAAUCUUCUCCGGGAUAGUAUGGGAGAGAGACCUCGUCCGGUAAAAACUAACAGCAGGAAGAACAUCGUAGCCCAACCCGAACCCUUGACAGUUCCUCUUGCAGCAACGCUUGCCGUUGGCGUUCUAGGAGUGAUCAUAUACAAGGGUAUCCUAACUAGGAACUGAUGCUGUUUCAAAAUUUUAUCAGACUCAUCAACUUUCACUUUAAUUUGCUUAACCUCGUUUUGGUCCCUCUUAUGUUUGUUGCGGUUCUACCCUUCUGGUCGGGAGAGACAACAUAUAGAGAUGCUAAGCAUAAGCUAUCUAGCUUUCUGAUCUCUGAGACUGAGAGUUUGUAGAGAAGGGUGCCUUGGCAAUUUUGAAGUUUUGUGGGGCUAUUUUGAAAUUUGCUAAUUUUAACAUAUCCAAAGGCAGAUAUUGAAAUUGAGAAAUUUCACAGUUAAUGAUCAA